AAUUUCAUUUCAACUUUUUGCUUAACAUCUGGCAUCUUUCGAUUUCAUAGUAAACAUCAAAUCUGCCAACAACACGUGCAUUUCUCACAGUCUUUCAAAAAUAAUUGUAGGAAUGGGGAAAAAUAAAAUUGAUGAUUUACCUGGCUUUCCGUCGCUGGAAAAGGGCGGCGACAACCAGGAAAGCAAUUUGCUAAAAUCCAAACCCUGGGCUAAGGCCAAGAAAAGUGGUGGUUUCCAAUCGAUGGGCUUAAGUUUUGAAGUUGUCAAAGGUAUAACAAAACGUGGCUACCGAGUACCCACACCCAUUCAGCGUAAAACCAUACCUUUGAUAUUGGAAGGCAGAGAUGUAGUUGCUAUGGCCAAAACUGGUUCGGGUAAGACAGCAUGUUUCUUGAUACCACUAUUCGAACGUUUGAGGCGUAGAGAUCCCACUAAGGGGGCCAGAGCUUUAAUAUUGUCGCCCACUCGAGAGUUGGCAGUGCAAACUUAUAAAUUUAUUAAAGAUUUGGGUAAAUUUAUGGAUUUGAAGACUAUCUUGGUGUUGGGUGGUGAUUCCAUGGAUUCACAAUUUUCUGCCAUACACACAUGCCCAGAUGUCAUAGUAGCUACUCCGGGUAGAUUUUUGCAUUUGUGUGUUGAAAUGGAUUUGAAAUUGAGUUCAGUAGAAUAUGUGGUGUGUGAUGAAGCUGAUCGUUUAUUUGAAAUGGGUUUUGGUGAACAGUUGAAUGAAACUUUGCAUCGUUUGCCUCACUCUCGUCAAAUGGUGCUGUUUUCUGCCACUCUGCCCAAGCAAAUGGUGGAAUUUGCAAGAGCUGGUUUAAGUGAUCCAGUUUUAAUACGUUUGGAUGUUGAAUCUAAGCUGCCCGAUGCUUUGAGUUUGAAAUUUGUCUAUUGUCGUCCGGAUGAUCGUUAUACCACAUUGAUUACUUUGCUCAAGUAUGUCAUACCACACACUGCCCAAACUGUGGUAUUUACUGGUACUCAACAUCAUGUUGAGCUGAUAUCAUUUAUCCUUACAGAAUGUGGCAUAACCAAUGCCUCGGUUUAUUCCAGUCUGGAUCCCUCGGCUCGUAAAAUUAAUACCGCCAAAUUUGUUAACAAAAAAGUUUCUGUUUUAAUCGUUACCGAUGUGGCCGCCCGUGGUAUUGAUAUACCCAGUUUAGAUUUUGUGGUGAAUUUACAUUUCCCCGGCAAACCCAAGUUAUUUGUACAUCGUGUGGGUCGUUGUGCUCGUGCUGGUCGCACUGGUACUGCUUACUCGAUUUUCUCCACAGAUGAUACGGCACAUAUGUUAGAUCUACAUUUGUUUUUGAAUCGUGAAUUCAAUAUCAAUGAUUCGUCGGUCAUAGGCACAGUGCCACAAGAUCUGUUGGAAGAGGAACAUUUGACGGUAACGGAGAUAAAGAGAAAUACUAAUAUUAGCGGCGUUCUGCGUACUAGUGAAAAUGCUUAUAAGAAAUAUCUCUCCUCCCGGCCCGUAGCUUCUACCGAUGCCAAUGCUCGCGUUAAAAAACUGAAAUUUUUUGCCUUAAAACCUUUAGAGGAUUUCAUAGUUAAUGCUGUGCCCAAAUUAGCAGCCGCUAGUGAAAUAAAAUCCACCAAAACUAUGGAACAGAUAACCGAAGAAGAGCGUGAUUUGCAAAAUCAAAAACAUGACUUAUUGCUGCAAAUGCGCAACUUUAAGCCUCACAGUACCAUUUUUGAAUUAAACAACACCCAAAAGUCGGUGCCCUAUUCGGUUAUGAAACAGAAACGUUCUAAACAUUCAGAAGUUAUUGAAAAAUAUCGCGCUAAAAUGGAAGAGCUGGAUAAGGAAGUGGAAAAACAGGCGGAACAAGUUAAAACAGAUAAGAAGGCUCCAAAAAGUGAUGUAAACGAGGAGGAAAUCAAUUCAGCAUUUAAAAAAGUGUUUGCCCCCAAAAGACCACAAAAUAUGGACGAUCUGUAUAAAGAGAAACCUAAGAGACAAAAGCGAUCAACGCAUACCAAUGCCAAAGACACUGAGAACUUUGUACCCUACCAAUCAGCCGAUAAACACACCGAAGACGGUUUGGCUAUAAACUCCUUUGAACGUCAAGCCAUGAAGGCAGAAUUUUCGGUAAUUGAUCGUGAAACAAAUGAAGUACGUCACAAGCAAGGUUUAAUGAAAUGGGAUCGUAUAAAGAAGAAAAUGGUUUCCGUACAAGAUCCUAGAGCUGGUAAAAUUCGCACAGAAUCGGGUGCCUGGAUACCGGCCUCAUUUAAGACGGGACGCUAUACAUCAUGGAAGGAGAAAACUAAAAUCGAAGAACAAUUGUCCAAAGAAGUGGGCAGUGAUGAUGAUAGCUUUAAACCAUUAUCGCACGAAAGACGUUAUCCCGUUAGUCGACAUGCUAGACACAAUGCUAAGCUGGAGGAAAAGAAAAGAGCUGGCACAGGCAUGGGUACGGGCAAGGGUAAGGGCACGGGCAAAGAAUUGCGUACACCCGAACAGAUUGUUAAAUCCCGUAUGCGUUUGGAAUUCAUUAAGAAACGUAACACUGAAAAUACCGAACGUAAAACUGAAAAUCGUAAGCGUAGUAUGCGUAAAACUCAAAGACCACGCAUGGCUUCAAAGGGUAAGGGUAAAAAGAAGUAGAAUACUUGUUUUAUUUUCUUUUUUUUUACUUAAUUUUUUAGUUUUUAUGUGAAUUUGUAACUACUACUUCUAUUACUUUUUAAAAAUGGCAAAUAAAUUAAAACAAAAACUAUAUUUACAAA